AUGGCUGAAGUCGUCCAGGCCCGCACGAGUCUCACUUCUCCCUCUCCCUCUCGAAAACGUUCAGCAUCUCCAGCCGACGCGGAGCUCGCCACCGACUCGACAAGCAACGCACUCACAAAGACGAAUAAUGAAUCGUCCCUAGCAUCCACCGAGGAGCCUCCAGCCAAGAAGACAAAACUAAUUCGUCGCAAGCGCCGGCCCGCGCGUCCCCAGGUCGACCCCUCGACGAUAAAAUCCGAACCUCCUCCGCAGACCGGGACGGUAUUUAAUAUCUGGUACAACAAGUGGUCCGGUGGUGAUCGGGAAGACGCGUACUUGUCUAACCAUGCCGCUCCCUCGCGGUGUAAUAUCCGCAACGACUCCGGGUGGACGGCCGCGGACAGGACGCCGGGGAGCUAUUUCUGCCUGUUCUUCGCCAGAGGACUGUGUCCCAAAGGCCACGAAUGCCAGUACCUGCAUCGCCUACCCACUAUAUACGAUGUCUUCAAUCCGAACGUUGACUGCUUCGGGCGGGACAAACACAGCGACUAUCGGGACGACAUGGGUGGCGUGGGCAGUUUCAUGAGACAGAAUCGCACACUCUACGUUGGGCGGAUACACGUGUCGGACGACAUUGAGGAAGUGGUGGCGCGACAUUUUCAGGAGUGGGGAGAGAUCGAACGUAUCCGUGUCCUAACAGGUCGUGGCGUCGCUUUCGUCACGUACGUCAACGAGGCGAACAGCCAGUUCGCAAAAGAGGCAAUGGCACACCAAGCACUGGACCACAAUGAGAUAUUGAACGUGCGCUGGGCCACCGUGGAUCCGAACCCACUCAGUCAGAAGAGAGAAGCGGCCAGGAUUGAAGAGCAAGCUGCGGAGGCUGUCCGCCGGGCGCUGGGUGAGAGAACCGUCAGGGAAAUCGAAGGACGUGAGACCAGAGAGGAGAGGGACCAGAGGCGCAUCGAGAGCAGCUACGGUCUGGAAGGGUACGAGGCACCGGAGGAGAUCUGGUUCACGCAGCAGCAGCAGCAGCAAAAGGAGCUGGAGGGGCAGAAGUUGGGCGAGAGAGGGCUGCUCGAGGCUCCUCCUGCUCCGAACCACGGCGCCGAACACGAAGCAUCGACACACGAAAGAACCGAAGCUCCGAAAGAUUCUCCCUCACAAGCAGGCCAGCAGAGCAGCAACGAUCAAGCCACCGUGAAUAAUGGCAUCUUGUCCGGCUCAACCCUGGCCGCCCUCAAGGGAUAUACCUCCAAUGCAGGGCGCGGAGAGGUAUCAAAGCCUGCCCCAUCAGCCGGACCUCUCGUCGCGUACGGCAGCGAUGACGAUGAAGAAUGA